UCCGGUGUCAGAUGUAUGGUGUAUACAUUGUUUACAUGAAUAAAGUCAAGUGAAUGUGACAACAAUAAAGUUUUUAACCAACUGCAUCCUUUAAACCCCCGUCACUAUCCAAACAUCUCCCCUAGAAAUAAUUGUGUACGUACUAAUUCCAGUAUUGUCUCAACAAUUGAAAACCUAACCUCCCAAAUAUGUGCUAACCCCAUGUAUCUACCCUCCAAAAGUGUUGUUCCUUAAUAAAACCCCGAAAAAUGUAUUCAAUUUGCAAGAAUACCCACCCAGGUACGGGUGUGGAGCACGCGAUAACGUGUUACUUCUUCAAUCGUCGUGAAAAAUGUCUGGUAGUGGCCGGUGCAAACGUGAUCCGCGUAUUUCGUUUGAUUCCCGAUGUCGAUACUUCCAAGAAAGAAAAAUUCACAGAUCUUCGGCCCCCAAAAAUGAAGCUGGAAUGUCUGAGUCAAUACACAGUGCACGGUAACAUAAUGUCGAUGCAGGCAGUAAGUCUCGUAGGAUCCCAACGGGAUUCUCUGCUCCUCAGCUUCCGAGAUGCAAAACUGUCAGUGGUAGAGUACGACCUGGAGAAUCACGACUUGAGAACAGUCUCACUGCACUAUUUCGAGGAGGAGGAUAUGAGGGACGGUUGGACCCACCACCACCAUAUUCCCAUAGUCCGGGUAGAUCCAGAAGGUAGAUGUGCUAUUAUGUUAAUUUAUGGAAGAAAACUCGUUGUCCUGCCAUUCAGAAAAGAUCCCACGAUUGAUGAUAGCGAUCUGAUGGACAUCACAAAAUCGCAGUCGAACAAGACUCCCAUUUUGUCCUCCUACAUGAUUGUUCUAAAAAGUCUCGAGGAGAAGAUCGACAACAUAAUUGACCUUCAAUUUUUGUACGGCUACUACGAGCCCACUCUGUUGAUUCUCUAUGAACCAGUGAAGACGUUCGCUGGUCGUAUAGCUGUUAGACAAGAUACUUGUGCGAUGGUGGCAAUAUCCUUAAAUAUUCAGCAGAAAGUCCACCCGAUAAUCUGGUCGGUAUCAAAUUUACCAUUUGAUUGUUACCAAGCAGUUCCUGUUAAGAAGCCACUGGGCGGAACUCUAAUAAUGGCUGUGAACUCGCUCAUUUACCUGAACCAAAGUAUACCUCCUUACGGAGUGUCCCUGAACAGCCUCGCCGAGUUAAGCACAAAUUUUCCCCUGAAGGCCCAAGAAGGCGUGAAGAUGAGCCUCGAGGGCUGCCAGGUGUCGUUCAUAUCUCCAGAUCGUCUCGUUAUUUCAUUGAAAACUGGUGAGCUGUAUGUGCUGUCUCUAUUCGCUGACAGCAUGAGGUCGGUGAGGGGAUUUCACUUUGACAAAGCAGCAGCCAGUGUUCUCACCUCCUGCAUGUGCCUUUGUGAUGAGAAUUAUCUCUUCCUAGGGUCUAGAUUAGGUAAUUCUUUGCUACUGCGGUUCACCGAGAAGGAGCCAGACGAGGGACAAUUAUCAUCUGAAGUUCAGAUUAUUCCGGAGGAUCCGGCGAAUGACACGGGAGAAACACCGGCUAAGAAGGUAAAGCAGGAUUAUCUCGGGGACUGGAUGGCUUCUGACGUCCUCGAGAUCAAGGACUCCGAGGAAUUGGAGGUUUAUGGCAGUGAAACCCAGACCUCAAUGCAAAUAACUUCGUACAUCUUCGAAGUUUGUGACAGUUUACUGAACAUUGGGCCCUGUGGAAACAUCUCAAUGGGAGAGCCAGCGUUUUUAUCGGAGGAGUUCUCGCACAAUACUGAUCCUGAUGUCGAGCUCGUGACGACGUCUGGCUAUGGGAAGAAUGGAGCUCUGUGCGUUCUGCAACGCUCCAUUCGUCCCCAAAUUGUCACGACUUUUGAGCUUCCUGGAUGCGAAGAUAUGUGGACUGUGAUUGGUGCACCUGGGAUGGAUCCCCAGGGAAGAGACGAAGCAAAUCAUGCUUUUUUGAUUCUCAGUCACGAAGACUCGACUAUGAUUUUACAGACGGGGCAGGAGAUCAAUGAAGUCGAGAGCAGUGGCUUUGGUACCCAAGGUAGAACGAUAUUCGCUGGAAACCUCGGGGCCAAUCGAUUUAUCGUUCAAAUAACUCAAAUAAAUGUGAGACUUCUUCAAGGCUCUGAACAAAUUCAGAAUAUUUCAAUGGAUCUAGGCUGCCCAAUUGUCUACGCCAGUUGUGCAGACCCAUACGUGGUUAUACUCGCUGAGGAUGGACAAGUGGUGCUGCUGACACUUAAGGAGACACGGGGCACCCUUCGACUGCACGCUCAGCAAGCAAAUCUCCUCUUCCGGCCGCAGAUUGAGACUCUCUGCGCUUAUCGUGAUCUCAGUGGACUUUUUGUCAGUAAUAUUCCAGAGGAAACCGACGACGAGCCUGUAGAAGAUGACAAGAACCUCGAUGAGCCAUCGAUGGUUAAUAACAUCGACAACGAGGACGAUCUUUUGUAUGGAGAGGGUACGGCCUUCCAGAUGCCAGCGAUUCCUAUCGAGCCUCAGCCAAAGGCUCCAGAAGAAGCCCCCAAGAAGCACUCCUGGUGGCAAAAGCAUCUUCAAGACAUAAAGCCGACUUAUUGGCUGUUGGUUUAUCGUGACAAUGGAACAUUGGAGAUCUAUUCUCUUCCCGAUCUCAAGUUAUCGUAUUUAAUUCGUAAUUUCGGCUUCGGCCAGCAUGUCCUCCACGACAGCAUGGAAUCAACCACUCUCCAACCUUCCUCGACCACUGAAUUACCAAAUCCAGAGAUGCAAGUUCGGGAGAUCCUGAUGGUGGCACUCGGUCACCAUGGGAGCAGGCCAAUUCUCCUGGUGCGUCUCGACAAUGAAUUGCAAAUCUACCAGGCCUAUAGGUAUCCAAAGGGAAAUCUCAAAUUAAGGCUCAAGAAGCUAGAGCACGGAAUUGUUUAUGGACAGACGAAGGCACAGUCAAAAGAUGAGGAAGGUCUUAAUAUGAAUCAGACACGUGUAUCCAUGAUGAGGUACUUCAGCAAUAUCGCUGGCUACAAUGGAGUCUUCAUCUGCGGAGACUAUCCCCAUUGGAUCUUCUUAACCAGUCGUGGGGAGCUCAGAACACAUCCUAUGGGGAUAGACGGACCCAUCGGCUCGUUCACACCGUUUAAUAAUGUCAAUUGUCCUCAAGGAUUUCUGUAUUUCAAUCAAAAGGAAGAACUCAGGAUCUGUGUUUUACCUACGCAUCUGUCGUACGAUGCCCCUUGGCCUGUGAGGAAGGUUCCUCUGCGGUGCACACCACAUUUCGUUACUUAUCAUGUAGAAAGUAAAACGUAUUGCGUGAUUAUGAGUACCUCGGAACCGUUGAAGAGUUAUUAUAGAUUCAAUGGGGAGGACAAAGAGUUUACUGAGGAAGAGAGACCCGAGAGGUUCCUGUAUCCCACCCAGGAGCAAUUCAGUAUUGUUCUAUUUUCACCUGUUUCGUGGGAGACCAUUCCGAAUACUAGGAUUGAUUUGGAUCAGUGGGAGCAUGUGACCUGUCUGAAGAACGUAUCGUUGGCGUAUGAAGGUACUAGAUCGGGCCUCAAGGGGUACAUUGUACUUGGGACUAAUUACAAUUAUGGGGAGGAUAUUACUAGUAGAGGACGGAUUAUGAUUUUUGAUAUCAUUGAGGUUGUGCCUGAGCCUGGACAACCCCUCACCAAGAACAGAUUCAAGCAGAUUUAUGCGAAGGAACAGAAAGGGCCGAUUACAGCUAUCACUCAGGUAUCAGGAUUUUUGGUUUCUGCUGUCGGUCAGAAAAUUUAUAUCUGGCAACUCAAGGAUAAUGAUCUUGUGGGAGUUGCUUUCAUUGAUACGCAGAUAUAUAUUCAUCAAAUGCUCAGCAUCAAGAGUCUCAUUCUUGUUGCUGAUGUAUAUAAAUCGAUUAGUCUUCUGCGGUUUCAAGAGGAGUACAGGACUUUGUCACUUGUCAGUAGAGAUUUUCGUCCAGCUGAGGUUUAUACGAUAGAGUAUUUGAUUGAUAACUCUAAUCUGGGGUUCCUUGUGGCUGAUGGAGAGAGCAAUCUAGUGCUUUUUAUGUAUCAGCCUGAGUCUAGGGAGAGCUCGGGGGGACAGAAACUGAUCAGGAAAGCUGAUUUUCAUCUCGGUCAGAAGGUUAAUACCUUCUUUAGGAUCAAAGCUAAGAUCAGUGAUCCUGGAAAUGGGAAGAGGUGCCUCUUGGGAGCUGAUAAGAGACAUGUUACGAUGUAUGCUACCUUGGAUGGAAGCCUUGGUUAUAUUCUUCCAGUACCUGAAAAAACGUACAGAAGACUUCUCAUGCUGCAGAAUGUCCUUGUUACGCAUAUUUCUCAUAUGGCUGGAUUAAAUCCAAAAGCCUACAGAACUUACAAGAGCCACGUUCGAAUGCAGGGUAACCCAGCUCGUGGAAUAAUUGAUGGUGACUUAGUUUGGAAGUAUCUACAUUUGCCAAAUAACGAAAAAGUCGAUGUAGCUAAGAAAAUUGGUACUCGAGUGCAAGAAAUCAUUGAGGAUAUCGUUGAGAUUGAUCGCCAAACCGCCCAUUUUUAGUUCUCUCAAUAAAUUAUUUUAUCUAGUGAUGUAUAUAUUUGAAUGACAGUAAAAUUGAUCGAUACACUUUGAUAAA